AUGUUCCGAUCUGUCGGCUUGGGCUUGCCACCGUUACUACUAUUACAUGUAGUGCUUUUCAUCCAUGAUGCAAGUUGCUUCUCACAUGGAUCAUCGCGACGCCCGAGGAGAUUGCCUCUUGUUGUGCGACGACUGUCGUCGGAAACCUUGCCGAACGGCGGUGAUGGUCCAAUAUGGGCGACAUCGUAUGUGGAUGUGGACGAAGCAGAGGCGGCAGCCCAGAAACAGUACGAUAGGGAUCUGUUUGUCGUGGCUGGGAUACCACCGGUGGUAGCCUUUGCACUGUACAGCGAGGUAGCCCGUCAAGUGGCAAACGUAUUCGACAUGUUAGGCUUUAAGGGAACCAAUGUGGAUGGGAAUGCUUUCGCAACCGAUUUGCUUCGGCCAACCAUCAAUGGAGUAGUUGUCCCUGCGGCUGGAGUUGGACUGGGUACUCUUUUUGCAACCACUGUGAAUGUGCUGUGGAAUCGUCAAUUAACGCUGCGAUCCAUCAUCAACAAGGAAGUGUGUGAAUUGCGACUUCUUCGUCGAGCACUCUUUGGUUGUUUUGGCACGGCACAGCACAGCCAACGUCGAGCAAUUGCGCUUGGCCUUUUGCACAGCUAUGCACAGACACUCAUCUCGGAGACUCAAAUAGAUGGUAUAGAGCGACUGGAACACGUACAAAUGCAUGGAGGGAUAUCUAAGAGUGAGCUUGACGAGCUGGCAGAGAUGUUGCACGGCGUGGAUGGUGCAGCAGCGUCGCGGCAGAGCUCGGUUGCCAAGGCCAGUGAUCUGUUGGUCUCGCUCAGUGGUCAUCGGUCCGAAAGGGUGGCCACUACAUUAAGCGAUUUUCCCAGAAUUCACUGGGCCAUCUUGGUCCUCUUGUAUUGUGGCAUUGUCACCUCAUUCCUUCUGGACUCGAACCAGGAGGUGAACCAGUACCUCAACUCGCUCCAGUUGCAAGUCCUUUUCUCCAUCAUUGCAGGUGUAGGAAGCGGUGCAGCCAUGCUAUUGAAGGACCUGGAAGAUCCAUUCCAGGGCUCCUUCUGCAUAAACAUUACCGCCAAGCAACUCACUGCAUUUGACCAGCUCCUCGUAGCUGAUAUUGCCGAGGCUGAGGAGGAGUAUAAGCAAGUCGGGCGACCUGCGUUUAUGACCCUGGACCGUGAUCGACAACGUCCAAACUACAAUGCACAGAAUACAGUUUAUUUCCAUCUUUUGACCGGGCCUUUGGGAAACCAAAUUCGGAUCCUUGGUGAUCUGUUUGCGUGGACGUUUCGGCAGAUCACCAAGAGCUUGCCCCGCCUAAGAAAUUGGGUUCGGAGGGGGAGGGGGCCAAAAAAAGAAGUUCAAUAG